AUGAAGACAACCAGACCACUGCGCCCAUUGAAGGACUUCACCUUCAAAUUGUUCUGUGCAACAUUAUGCUUUGGACUUUCUGGGAUGUGUCGAGGACUCGACGAGGGCCUCAUCUCAAUCACCGUGGCACAAGAAUCCUUCACCCACGAAUUCGACCUGCAAGCCAGCUCUCUCGAUGCCUCCCAGCAGGCAAAUCGCCUAUCGAACAUUACCUCCAUGGUGCACAUCGGCAGUAUCCCCGGGGCCCUGAUUGCCCUUGUUCUUUGCGAGCGCACUGGUAUGCUCUGGUCGAUGCGGCAGCUAUGUUUGCUAUGGCUCGCGGGUGUGGUCGUUGUCAUCACAGCGAGUGGAAGACUCGGACAGAUCUAUGCGGGCCGCUUCAUGAUGGGAUUGGGUAUCGGACAGGCGGGCAUUGUGGCCCCGACUUACCUGGCUGAAAUUGCGCCCUCGCAUGCCCGCGGUCUGCUGGUGGGUAUAUUCGGCAUGUCGGAGUAUAUUGGCAUUGUGGUAGGAUAUUACGCUGCUUGGGGCGCUGCUUUGCACAUCCCCAAUAAUAGCGCCAAGCAGUGGAUCAUCCCUCAGAGCAUCCAGAUUAUGGUUGCUGGGAUUUUGGGGAUUGCCUCAUUUCUGUGCGAAGAAAGUCCCCGGUUUUUAUGUAAAGUCGGAGAUUGGGAAGAAGCGAGACAUGCACUGGGGAGGUUGAGAGGUCAUCCGGCCGAGCACCCAGAGGUUACCUUGGAGCUCGAAGGGAUUCACGCUCAGCUCGAAGCGGAGCAGGAAUACCAAACCGCUCGAUCCUGGGUAGCAGUUAUAAAAGAGCUGCUGCUGGUCCGGGCUAACCAGAAUAGACUCCUUUUUGUGGUCUCUGAACAGAUCCUUAGCCAGUGGUCUGGCGCCAAUUCCAUCACCACGUAUGCACCUGAACUAUUCUCUCUGUUCGGAUUGACUGGCCAGUCAGAAAGACUCCUGACGACCGCCGUCUUUGGUGCCGUCAAGCUGAUUGCCUCGCUGCUGUGCGCACUUCUUCUGAUCGACAACAUCGGACGGAAACGGUCAUUGCUCUCAGGGAUCCUGGUGCAGCAGGUGGCCAUGCUCUACAUUGCCAUCUACCUCACUGUGGAGCCCUCCUCAGACAGCUACAAGUCGUCAUCAGCUGAUAGAGCAGCCAUCGCUGCAAUUGUGUUUCUCUAUUUUGUCGGCAUUGGCUGGGCCAUGGGCUGGAAUGCGAUCCAGUACCUCAUCAACGCGGAAAUCCUCCCCUUGCGGGUCCGGGCGACAGGUUCGAGUCUCUUGAUGUGUUUCCACUAUGCUAAUCGUUAUGGCUUAUCCAAGGCCGUUCCGUCCAUGCUGCUGGAGAAUGCGUUGCAACCAAAGGGGACCUUCUGGUUCUUCUCGGGUGUGACCUUCUUUGGACUGCUAUGGACUUGGUUCUUGCUCCCUGAAACUGCUGGGCGGAGUCUGGAAGAGACAAAUGGUUUAUUCUCAUAG